GUGUGUGUGUGUGUGUGUGUGUGUGUGUGUCUGUGUCUGUGUCUACCUGUGUGUAUAUCUGAUUCUUGUUGGACAGAACGAGCUGAGGAACACAGAGAUGCUGUCGGCUGCCUGUGCAGUGGGUGUGGGCUGCUGCUUCGCUGCCCCUAUUGGAGGGGUGCUGUUCAGUAUUGAGGUCACUUCUACAUUUUUUGCUGUGAGGAAUUACUGGAGGGGCUUCUUUGCCGCCACCUUCAGUGCCUUCAUAUUCAGAGUGCUGGCGGUGUGGAACCAGGAGGAAGAGACCAUCACUGCUCUCUUUAAGACCCGUUUCCGUCUCGACUUCCCGUUUGACCUUCAGGAGCUGCCGGCGUUUGCCAUCCUCGGGAUUGCCUGUGGUUUUGGUGGUGCUCUGUUUGUCUACCUGAACCGGCAUAUUGUAGAGUGCAUGAGGAAACAGAAGACUAUUAACAAGUUCUUGCUGAGGAAUCCAUCUCUUCCUGUCAGGCGUCUGGUGUAUCCCGCACUCGUCACCCUGCUGGUCUCCACUCUCACGUUCCCCCCGGGCUUCGGGCAGUUCAUGGCCGGACAGCUGACGCAGCACGAGUCUCUGGUCGCGCUGUUCGACAACCGAACAUGGUGCCGCCAGGGCGUGGCGGAGGAGUUCGACUACAUCAGCCACCACCACGCCUGGAAACACCCACAGGUCAACGUCUUCAUCACACUCAUCCUCUUCAUCGUCAUGAAGUUCUGGAUGUCCGCUGUGGCCACCACCAUGCCUGUUCCAUGCGGGGCCUUCAUGCCAGUUUUUCUUAUUGGCGCAGCAUUUGGAAGACUUGUCGGAGAGAUCAUGGCAACCAUGUUUCCUGAUGGCAUACAUGCUGACGGCAGCGUGUAUCCCAUAGUCCCCGGUGGUUAUGCUGUAGUUGGUGCUGCAGCGUUGUCUGGAGCAGUCACCCACACUGUAUCCACAGCAGUCAUCGUGUUUGAGCUGACUGGUCAGAUCUCCCACAUUCUGCCUGUGAUGAUCGCCGUGAUCCUGGCCAACGCCGUGGCCCAGUCGCUCCAACCGUCACUGUACGACUCCAUCAUCCGCAUCAAGAAACUCCCUUAUCUGCCCGAACUGGGCAUGGGACAUCAGGAGAAGUAUAAUAUCCGUGUGGAGGACAUCAUGGUUAGGGAUGUGCGCUACAUCACUCUGAACUCUUGCUAUCGGGACCUGCAGGAGAUGAUGCUGACAGGUCAGCUCAAAACACUGGCCCUGGUUGAGUCCAGUGACUCCAUGAUCCUGCUGGGCUCCAUAGAGCGACUGCAGCUCCAGUCGCUGCUCUCUCUCCAGCUGAGCCGCCUGCGGAGGCUGGAGUACCUCCGCCAGUUGGCCCAGGACAACGGCAUCCACGAUCACCUGCCCAGCCUGACCACCGACAGCACGCCCAGCUCCCCCUGCUCCCACAUCAACUCCACCACCAACACCAGCGCUCGGCAAGCGGUCCGCUUCCUGAUCUCCACAGAGGAGUCUUCCUCCUUCAGCCCAGUGGUUUCCAAUGUUCAACUUCCUCUGAAAUCUGCCUUGAAAACUGUGUCCGCCAUCAGCGACACAGAGACGCCAAAUAGCUCUCAGACCCUUUCCUGUGCUGACCAAGACAAUGAGCUGCUGGAGAGUCCGGCUGGGCCGGCUCCUCCCGACAAAAGACAACCCGGGCCCAACAAACGCGUGAGGAUCUCCAUGGCGGACUCUACUGAAGCGGAAGAUGGCAUGACCCCAUCAGACAUAGCGGAGUGGGAGGAGCAGCAGCUUGACGAGCCGGUGGAUUUCAAGAACUGCAAGAUUGAUCCUGCUCCCUUCCAGCUGGUGGAGCAAACAUCUCUGCAUAAGACCCACACCAUCUUCUCUCUGCUGGGUCUGGAUCACGCCUAUGUGACCAGCAUGGGACGUCUGGUCGGAGUGGUCUCUCUCAGAGAGCUGCGUAAGGCCAUCGAGGGCUCGGUGACGGUGACUGGAGUAAAAGUGCGCCCUCCGUUGGCCAGUUUUCGCGACAGUGGGAACAGCACAAACGUAUCCGAGGUAACAGAACUGCACAAGCUGUGCAUCCGCCACAGGGGUCUCUCAUUGCCACGGGAACCCAACCCUCCGGACGUGGAGGACCAGCCAGACCUCCCGUACAAAGAGAUCCCCAUCAACUUCUCGGACACAUCGAAUUUGCAGUUUGAAAGCAGCCCCGGGGACAUCUCGAGUCAGGAGUUGGUGCUCCAGGAGAGCCCUUCGUUCACCGAGGACCCAUCGGAGCUUACUUUUGACUGCAGCCCCUCUCACACUGAGGAAUCAGAGCUGGGCUGUGACUAUGACCCCCUCACCCACACUCCGGAGCAGGACGACACGGAGCAAGAACAGGGGAGUCCGUCUCUGAACAAGGACCAAUCAGAACCUGAGGGAGAGGGUGUCCCCGCCCACACUGAGGAUCAAUCAAAAUGAUCAGGGGGGGGAUCUGUCGCCUCAUGAAUGUUGACGUUUCUUACAUUUGUAGAGGUCACUCUGGCCUCCAAGUCCAGCCUAGAUACCCGUGUUUCUAACGUUGUUGUGGCGUGAUUGAGAGAGUGAGCAGGAGUAGAUGUGACAUCCGUUAUUGCGUUUCAAACUGUGCAAAUGCCCGUUUUAAAAGAUAAAGCCGACUUUAUUCUACAUUUGACUUACUGUCAACGAAUCCCAUGAAAGGAACAAAACCAACAACUACUGACUCCCCUGUAAUGUCUGUUGCUCUUUGAUUCCUAUUGAAGAGGCAAAUCUUUAAAGCCUCCGAACACCCACGCAGGUGUUUCCAGUUAUUCUGAUUAGCCCUCUGCUCGGGUUGAAGGUGGGCCGGAGCUUUGAUGGGAGUUCAAUUAGGUCACAGAUCUUCAUCCACCACCAGGUGCAACAAAAGCUAACAGGAGACUCAGUCACUUGAAAUCAAUCAAUUGUAGUCUGUGGACGACCACACAGUCCUGAGAGGAGGUCUAAUCAGCCAGAUUAACUGGAAACAACUGGAUGGGUGCUCAGAGGCUUUAAAGAUGAACGUCGCCAAUUUUACACAUCAAAGUCUGUGUUCAGGUGUUGGAGAGUGUUUUAAUCAUUUUCUGUGAAAGACUUCAUAUAAAGCUUUUUUGUUGCUCCAGAGGGAGAUGUGGGAAGCGAACUGAUUAAUCAGAAAUCUUGACAACAUCUAAUAAUGGACCUUUAGGUGAGAUUAUUCAAGUCAUUUCCUAAAACAGCUGGGCAGUGUAGGCUGUAUUACUCAAACAAGCAUUAAUAAUGCAUUUAUUUCAGCCACAGAUGUGGUGCUCUAGUGAGCAGGUUUGAUGGUGUAUGUGUAGGAUUUGCCUCAGAAAUAAACACUUGAUUGUUAUAUGUGUGAUAUUGUAAUGAGGGCGCAUGCCACUCAUUGCAAUAAUUUGGCUCAUUUAUGUGUUUUAGUACUUUUUUGGAGCAGUUCCUGACUACAAAAGACCAGUUUGGUCUUUUCAUGGGAUUUGUUGAUAAGGAAAAUAUGGAAAAUUGUCAGCUGUAUGUUUUAAAUGUGUGUGUUUGUGUGCGCGUAUGUGUGUGUUUGUGUGUGCAUGAGAGAUUCUUUUAGACACUUUUCCAUGCCAUGCUCACAUCUGGUCCAGACUCUGAAACAUAUUCAUGCCAAAAAUCACUGGUAAACAUCCUGUAAACAUUACUUCAGUGACAUUUCAAGAGAGAGUAAAGAUGCACACAAGUAAUGGAGGGUGAACAAUAAAAGAAAGCACAGAAGAACAUCGACAAUUGUUCUAAUGAGCACAUGAUGGAAUGAAUUCAAACUACUACCGCUACCUAUACUACGAAUACAUCACAGGGCCUGAAUCAAUGGCUAAUAAUAUAAGUUAUAGUGGUGUUGGUUGUAUGUUGGCUGAUAUGCAAUACAUUUACAGUAAUAAUGCAGUAAAAGGUGGUUUAAUAGCAACAGUGUCAUUAUUAGUUUGUCUAUUAUCAGUAUAUCUUCUUUUUUUUCAUUUUACUACCAAAUAUUGGUGUCCAUAUCAGCCCCCGAAAUCCCCCAAAUCAACUGGGAUCUACUCUUCUGAGGCAGCUUCCAAAGGUCCAGCAAGCUUAGCGCAGGACUCCAAAUAAUGGUGAAGCACAUUGUAAUUACCAUGAGUAUAAUUGAAUGCACAUGUAGCCUUGUUUGGCUUUAAAGGCGCUGAUUCAAUAAGGGCAAUGUAGACCGUCCGUCUUGUCACUUGAUCUGCCUCUUCAUCUUCUGCUAUGUGAAUUUAAUUGUGUUUUAAUGUGUUUCUAGCACGAUAAAGGAACCACACAUGAGCUCAGAUUGAAAGAAAGAUACCGGGUGUUGUACAGAGCACACAAACACACACACAUAUACGGCCACGUGUAUGCGGCCUGUAGAUAUUAACACUGUGAUAUGUCACACGUAUCUUUAUGACAGAGUACAUUUAAUUCAGCCUGGCCUCGAAAUGCAAUGUUGAGAAAUGUAACUACUGUAUGAAGCACAGCGAUGUCGUAGAGCCAAGUGUGUGUGUGUGCGAGUCCUUGUUACGACCCUCAAAUGGAUGCAAGUAUUUCAGCUUCAUGCCGUUGCAUUUUUGAGCCACGUUUCUUCUUCUAUCUUAUGUGAUGUCAUCGCAGCACACCAACUCUGGCUCGUUUUUUUUGUCCGCGUAACCAUUUGUGCAAAGUUUUAUUAACGUCUUGACUUUUUGUUUGCAUAUAGAACGUGAAGUAGUGCUCGCCAUAUAGGAUAACGAAUAAGGCGUUAAAUAUAGUGUAUAAGCUAAUUUGCAGCGUAUCUAGUUAAGCAAUAAGUCUGUUGUAUCUCCCUUUAUAUGGCAUUGGCCUGUAUAUGCUUUGUACAUAUGGAAAUACACGGAUGAGAUCUACGUACAUGCUAUUGUACAUAGAGGAAUGAUGCAUUUGAAAUCCAACAGCCAUCGUUAUUUUUCAGAGAACAUGAAAUUGUUUUUGUACAUGAGUGAAUGAUUAAAUUUGAAAAACACCUUUAAAA